AAUUAUAAAAAAAAAAAAAAACUUAAAAAGAAACUCAUCCGUUUCUUCCAUCAUUUCCUUUCUCCUCUCUGGUCUUCGCCUUCUUCCUUCGUACAACACCACCACAAUCUCCUUCUCCUUCUCCUCCUUCUCCUUCUUCUUCAUUCCAUUUCUCUCUCAAUUCCUCACUUCACCGAUGACUUGACUUCAUCAAUUCAUCACUCUUCAUCCAGAUGGUUUAAUUUAUGAUUGCUGAUGCUGAAGAAAUAACAAGACUUGAAGAUUUGGUCAUUAGUGUGAAAGAUGUUGGAAGGUGGUGCGAAAUUCCCUGGAAUGAUAGACCUCAACAAAACUAAUAAUAACAUUUAUGAUUUCUCUCAAGGCUUUUACCAUAAGCUUGAGGACACCAAUAUGUCAAUUGACAGCUUGCAAACAAGUAAUGGUGGUGGAUCUGUUGCAAUGUCUGUUGAUAAUAGCAGUGUUGGAUCCAAUGAUUCCCAUACUCGUAUAUUGAAUCACCAAGGGUUGAAGAGGCAUGCCCAUGAUAACUACUCUGUUGCACACAGUGUCAAUCACCGAGGAAGAGUCACGCAUGCUUUGAGUGGUGAUGCUCUGGCUCAAGCUCUAAUGGACAGUAAUAGCCCCACUGAGGGGCUUGACAAUUUUCAUGAGUGGACAAUUGAUCUGAGGAACCUUAGUAUGGGUGAGGCUUUUGCUCAAGGAGCUUUUGGGAAACUGUACAGAGGUACGUACAACAAUGAAGAAGUUGCUAUCAAAAUCUUGGAGAGGCCUGAAAAUGAUCUGGCAAAGGCUCAAUUGAUGGAACAACAGUUUCAGCAGGAGGUCAUGAUGCUGGCUACACUAAAGCACCCUAACAUAGUUCGUUUUAUUGGUGCAUGCCGUAAGCCAAUGGUGUGGUGCAUUGUUACAGAGUAUGCCAAAGGGGGUUCAGUUCGACAGUUUUUAAUGAAGCGUCAAAACCGAGCAGUCCCUCUCAAGCUGGCUGUCAAACAAGCUUUGGAUGUUGCAAGAGGGAUGGCAUAUGUUCAUGGGCUUGGGUUGAUCCAUAGAGACUUGAAGUCCGAUAAUCUUCUGAUUUUUGGUGACAAAUCAAUUAAAAUUGCUGACUUUGGAGUGGCGCGGAUUGAGGUGCAAACUGAAGGAAUGACACCUGAGACUGGGACAUACCGUUGGAUGGCUCCGGAAAUGAUCCAGCAUAGGCCUUACACCCAAAAAGUGGAUGUAUAUAGCUUUGGGAUUGUUCUAUGGGAAUUGAUCACUGGAAUGCUUCCAUUUCAGAACAUGACAGCAGUGCAGGCAGCAUUUGCAGUCGUGAACAAAAAUGUUCGCCCAAUCGUCCCCAAUGACUGCUUACCUGUUCUUCGUGAGAUCAUGACAAGGUGCUGGGAUCCCAACCCUGAUGUCAGGCCACCGUUCGCUGAAAUUGUAGAGAUGCUUGAGAACGCCCAGACUGAGAUCAUGAUGACUGUUCGGAAGGCCCGUUUCAGGUGUUGCAUGACCCAGCCAAUGACCACUGACUGAUCCUGGGAAAGGGGCGCUCAGAUUGAUUGUUUGGAUGGAACAAGAGGCUCAGGUAGUAAAGGGUGACUAUAUAAUAGUUUUGUGUAUGUGUGUUCAAUUUCUCUCUUCUGAAGAAAAAAAAUUAGCAAAAAUUUGAACUGGUGACUUUUUGGUUGUUCGAUUCCUAUAUACUGUGUUCUUAAUUAGUAGUAAGAGGAGAUUGUGUAUGUAAUACAUGCAUGCAUUACAGUUUAUGUAUAGCUUUGAAAGCAAAUUGGAAGGAGAUAAUGGAUGAAAACUUUUAGCAUA